CUUCCGGAGGCUCCGGACUCGGUGGUGGAUCCGGGAACCACCCUGAGCUGCAAGGUGAGGAAGAGGCAGGGAGGCGGCACGAAGCACAGUGUCCGGUAUCGGAGGCGAAGGCUGAGGGAGAGGCGGCGAAUUGGCAGAUCGUGUCUUGGCUUCCCAGUAGAUCUUUUGGGGGUCUGGAGGACUCCUUGAAGGAUUCCUGUGGACACAUCUCCAAACCCUUUUACGGGACACAAAACAGCAGUACCUAGCCUGUCACUAGUGUAUGAAACAGGCCUCCCGCGUUUCUCCCCUGCCACCAGAUCCUCGAGAAACGUUGUCUUGCCAGCAGACCCUCGGAGGAGGAUAUGAACACGCUGAACUUCAAGCCUACGCUGUAACGACCUUCCACGCUCCAUUCUGUUGUGCAUGUUCUGUGUGAGCCCACGCUUCCGGGCCCAUGAGGGAAUACAAGGUGGUGGUGUUGGGCAGCGGUGGGGUUGGAAAGUCGGCUCUGACUGUACAGUUUGUCACAGGCACCUUCAUAGAGAAGUAUGACCCUACAAUUGAGGAUUUCUACCGUAAGGAGAUUGAGGUGGACUCUUCACCCUCUGUCCUGGAGAUCCUGGACACAGCGGGUACUGAACAAUUUGCCUCCAUGAGGGACCUGUACAUCAAGAAUGGCCAGGGGUUCAUCCUAGUGUAUAGUCUGGUGAAUCAGCAGUCGUUCCAGGACAUCAAGCCAAUGCGGGACCAAAUAGUCAGAGUCAAGCGGUAUGAAAAGGUGCCACUCAUUCUAGUUGGGAACAAGGUAGAUCUGGAGUCUGAGAGAGAGGUCAUGGCAGCAGAAGGCCGAUCUCUAGCACAGGAGUGGGGCUGUCCGUUCAUGGAGACCUCGGCCAAGAGCAAGACAAUGGUGGAUGAACUGUUUGCUGAGAUCGUCAGGCAAAUGAACUAUGCAUCUUUGCCUGAGAAGCAGGAUCAGUGUUGUACAACGUGCACUGUUCAAUGAGAAUCUUAAAGGAGGACCUCAAACACGGCCAUAAAGAAACAGAUAACUCAGAGGACAUUUGCACAGCGACCGCUUCAGAGGACUUAACAGCCCAGGUUGCAGAUCUGAGCCUUGAAAAACCUGUCUGCACAACAGCACAUUGCCAUAACUGUCAUAGAACGCUCAUGGUGUGUGACCAUCACAUCGCCCUCCUAUCGCAGCUGUGCUUAGCACGUUUACUAUAAGUUAAAGAGAUCCCCAUUAGUUUCUCUCCUCCUUAUAGAACCUUUUCUAGCAUUCUAAGUUCCUAUUAAUAGCUAAUAUGCAACAGUUCCUCUUUUUAAUAUUUUAUUUUGUUAAUCAGUUUCUGAAACAUGUAUUUAUUAAAUACUUACUCAGUAUUACCUAUAUAAUGCCUUUUUAAAGACAGUUUUAACAGAGGAUGAUAGAGCCUUAAUCACAUGGUUAUUCCUGUAUAUUACCUCACGUAUGCUCUUUAAACCUUUCAGUGUCAGGUGGCCAGCGACACAUUUGUGAAUUUUUUUUUUUUUUUUACACUGAAGGGGUUAACUUGAGCAUUUAUUUUCCUUUUUGAAGUGAUCGGUGAAUACUUUUCAGAUUGUUUACGUUUAACAGUGUCAAGCGAAGCUGCCCGAAGCAAAGUGGACCUGCUUAGUGCUCUAAAGUUGGCGCCACAUGCCCUUCUGCUGACAAUUUAACCGCUGUCGCCAAACGGCAAACUGAAAUCUGUACAAGACAGUAGAAGUGUAGAAGCUGUCGUUCACCAGCUGUCAGUCAAGAGCAGCUUUUAGAUUAUACGUGUUGAAAGCUUCCUCCUUUUUUAUACUUCCGGCUUGUCGGUGGGCAGCUGCCUUUCAUCUCCAGAGUAAAUUACAAUGGAAUACUGACCAACACACCACUCUGGCACUGAAAGGCUUAAACUUACUCCUGGAGUCGUCCCAACCCAUGAAAUGUUUUAACUAAAGCCUUUCUACUAUUAUUAAUAAUGGUUCUUUGUUUAAGUGGUAGGUGGGCUUGUGCAGGAAUCCAGUGGUUAGAAUACAAAUGUAUUUUUUAUUUUAGAAACCCAACUCCCCAUUCCCUGCUUGCUUUUUUGUUUAGUUUUGUUUUUUGCUAUUUCCCUGUUCCGUUUUGUAGCCUGCGUUUGACCGUUCCUUAGGACAGGGAAGUUAAACUUAUUUUGGGUAUCUCAAUAGUAAUGAGACUCAAGUUGAUAUUUUUUCCCCAAGCUGUGCACAAAUAAGUCUAUUGCAAAUAAAAUGAUUUUACUUUUUUCUAGUUCA